UCGAAAGAUAAAGAGUGAUUUCUGAUAUAAUCGAUAACAGCCUUCUAUAGUUUCGUUCGACAGUACUGGCAACAUGGGAGGGAAGACGAGGACACCAGUCAUUAUCGAUACUGACCCUGGCGUGGACGACACUCUAGCUAUCCUGCUUGCUAUUGCAUCCCCCGAACUUGAAAUUCUUGCAUACAUCAUUUCAUUCGGGAAUACCGAUGUUCACGCAGCUUACGCCAAUAUCUACAAGCUUUACCAAGCGAUAGGCCGCCACAUUACGCAAUACCCUGAAGAUGAAGCAAUGUUUCCCAAUUUCUCGCCUACAGUCCCUCCCCUCCUUGCAGUCGGGCCGGAAGGACCUUUAGGAGGUGGACGACACUAUGCCCAAUACUUCCAUGGCCGUGAUGGUUUAUCAAAUAUAACUGAGCGCCAUCCUGAUUUGAAUGUCGACUUCGGAAGUUCGUCUUUCAGCCACAACUUUGAACCGGUGAAAGAAUCGGGCGUCGAGGUUGCUCUAUGUUUACUAGAGUCAUACCCCGACAGAAGCAUCACAUAUGUUACCCUAGGGCCUAUGACCAACUUGGCACAGCUUAUGCGUGAACAUCGUCAAACAGUUGUGGAUAAAAUCGGUCGGGUCAUUGCCAUGGCCGGAGCUGUGGAUGUUCCUGGUAACACUACUUCGGUCGCUGAAUUUAAUGUCUAUGCCGAUCCGUACGCAGCGAAAGAACUUCUAGUACCGACAGAUCCCACCAGUGGUUUCCCGCUCGAAAGACUAGUCCUCGUUCCCUUGGAUAUCACUACUAUUCACGAACUCCCCUUUCCUUAUUAUUGCCGGAAGGUAGACCCUGCGUUUGAGUCUACAGCCAAACCAUCGAACCCAAAUGGUAAAUCACCCAUUGUCCACUUCACCAGCUCUGUCUUCGAACGCACGAGGGAAAUCAUGGUCGACUUCGGAAAGGAUGCUCUAGAGUUGCACGACAUUGUUGCCAUUUGGUGCGCAAUCGAGAACCCACCUGAGAUCAAUCCAGUGUGCGAUUUUCCUGGAAUGUCACCUGGAUGGGCUGUAGCCGAGAGAACCUUCGAUAUUGAACGGACAGGAGAAAUCACUCGUGGCAUGUUCGUCACCGACCGAAGAGACGAGAAUACUGCGUAUGCACCAGGUCUCAAUCGCGCAGAGGUCCAGGUUCAGCUAGACCUGCUCCAGCUCGGAAACGGGGUCCUCGAGUCGACCGCGCUGCCUGCGAGAGUAGAAUUAGAAGACCCGGCGUUGUCAGCAGGAGGCCCAGAUGAAGUCGGACUUGAGCGAAAACGAAAUGGCGUGGGAUGUCUGGUUGAAACGCCGGGGCCAAGUGCUCUCCUUCACCUCCUGACGCGCAGGGUCUGGGGAUUCUCGUAUUCACUUGUAGAUUGAUACAUCGAUAUUCGUAGGACUAGAAACUUUGAUCGUCGAGAUUGUGCCUGCGAUUUACUAAUUGAGUGAGCAGAACCCUGGCUACGAGGGCGUCAUAUC